AAAAAAAAAAUUCCCACAUUGUCAGAGUAAUGCCAAACUCUGCCUGAGUGGGAUGAGCGGAGCAGAUGCUGCAGUGAGAUGCCAAAGCGGCUCCCCUUCCUCUGCGCCUUGGGUGCCUAUAAAUUGCUCCCGCGCGUUUCCAGCCUCCUCUUCUGCUGGCAGGUGGUACCCGGGCAGAAGUCUACGCUCAGUCUCUCUCUCUCCCUCGGCUCCCGGCCGCGAGGCACUCGCUGCUGCUGCUCCUUAGCUCCUCUCCAGCUCCUGCGCUCCGGCCCCAGCCGCACUGAGCCACCGCGCCUGCCCUUCGGAGCCCCGGGGAGCCGCUGGCCGGCUCGCGCGCCCUGCGCGGGCCUUGGAGGGCGCGCAGCUAUUAGAGUAGCGGUGGUUGCAAAGAAAGAAGAAGGGAAAAAAAGCAGGGGAAGAGCGAGCGAGAGAAGAGGAGAAAAGAAGAGGCAGAAAAAGGCAACUUCGCAGGGAAAGUUGGUGCGAACUGGCGCAGUCUGCAAAAACGGAAAAGUCGAUCGCGGGCGGAGGCAUAAAAGUGUGAGCGGCCCGGCGGGCGCGGCGGCGGCGGCUGCUCUGCCCUCCCGGCGGCGGGCGGCGGCAGCCACAGGUGCGAAGGGGCUGGAAGGAGAGAGAGAGACAGGAGGGCGCCCUGCGCACCCCUCCCCCCGCCUCCGCCCCCCGGCUCGGGACUUUGGCUCAAGUCACUAGGCGUCCGAGCGCCCUCCCCGGCCGCAGCCUCGCGGGGGGAGCGAGCGGGAGCAGCAGCCUCGGAGCGGCCCGCGCCGCCCGCCCGCCCGGGGGAGUUGGGGCUCGCAGGGGGUUGUUUUCGGCUCUGAAGAGGUCCCCGCCCAACCAUCAAAAUUUUGUCCAAAAGCAGGCAAGAGGAUCGCCCCGCGCUGAGCCGGCUGGUGGGCAGCAGGAGGCGCCUGAUCGCCGCCGGGGCGCUGGGGGUGGUGAUGGUGCUGCUGCUGGUCAUCCUCAUCCCGGUGCUGGUGAGCUCGGCGGGCACGUCGGCGCACUACGAGAUGCUGGGCACCUGCCGCAUGGUCUGCGACCCCUACGGGGGCACCAAGGCGCCCAGCACGGCCGCCACGCCCGACCGCGGCCUCAUGCAGUCCCUGCCCACCUUCAUCCAGGGCCCCAAAGGCGAGGCGGGCAGGCCCGGCAAGGCGGGCCCGCGGGGGCCCCCCGGCGAGCCCGGGCCGCCGGGCCCCGUGGGUCCGCCGGGCGAGAAGGGCGAGCCGGGCCGCCAGGGCUUGCCGGGCCCGCCCGGGGCGCCCGGCCUGAACGCGGCGGGGGCCAUCAGCGCGGCCACCUACAGCACGGUGCCCAAGAUCGCCUUCUACGCCGGCCUCAAGCGGCAGCACGAGGGCUACGAGGUGCUCAAGUUCGACGACGUGGUCACCAACCUGGGCAACCACUACGACCCCACCACGGGCAAGUUCACCUGCUCCAUCCCGGGCAUCUACUUCUUCACCUACCACGUCCUGAUGCGCGGCGGGGACGGCACCAGCAUGUGGGCCGACCUCUGCAAGAACAACCAGGUGCGGGCCAGUGCGAUAGCCCAGGAUGCUGAUCAGAAUUAUGACUACGCCAGCAACAGUGUGGUUCUUCACUUGGAGCCUGGAGACGAGGUCUACAUCAAACUAGAUGGCGGGAAAGCCCAUGGAGGAAACAACAACAAAUACAGCACAUUUUCUGGAUUUAUCAUUUACGCUGACUGAUAAUGCAGGAAUUCAGCUCAUUGAUCUGAGUCUGGACUCUGGAUUCAUAUGGCUAACAUCAGUGAAUCAAGGAUCCCAGGGGAAUGCCAGUUGUGGGGCACCUCAGUUGUGUAUAUGUGGGGGAAUUCAAAUGCUACCUGACUCACAUCUGCAUUCUCAGAAACAUUAUGUAAAAAAAUAUUAAAAGCAAGAUAAGCAGAUGUGUGAUCCACUACCGCCAAAGCAAAUACUCCUUGUUAUUAGUGUCCGUGUGAAUGAAGUCCUAUAUAGAUCACAAAUUUUUAUAGAAAAAUCUAAGACACUGAAUUAUUUCUUCAAUAUAUAUGAUACUUUGGUGUACUGUGAUCCUGCUGCUCUUAUCCAUGUCAGCUUUGGUUCUUGUGAGUGUACCUGCUUAUUAUGAUACUUGGAUUCCAUUCAUAGUGUAGGAAGGAAUAAUUUUACCCUGCAGGAGGAGGUUAAUCAAAAUAAUGCUGCUUGUCCCCAAAGAAAUUAUUUGCCUUGUACUCUUGUGAACUUUAGAGCUAGACCUGGGAAUGAUUCAACUUCAAGCCUUAACCUGGAAUUUUCUGGAUCUGACGGAAUUCCCAAGCCUGUGGUUACUUUCCCAUUUUCUUUUUCCUAAGCAUUUUCUUUUUUCUCUUUAAUGGUGAUAGUCUUUUAAAGUAAAGAUUGAAAUUGUAUCAUAGGAUUACCCUAUAAGUGUGAAAAUGUGUAAUAUGUAUGGUAUUUAGAAAAUCCCCUAUGUGUCCAUUUUGUCACUAGAAUGUGUUUAGAUUUACUUGGAAAGUCAGAGAAAUCUAUUCUUUGAUGUUAAAUCAGACUGAGGCUUUUGCCUUCUUUGGAACAAAAGAUUAUUCAUAACCCAAUGCACAAAGGUUUAAUUUGAGCUGCUGCAUGCAUCACCAAGGGAUCGCUAAGUAAGGCUUUCAAAUAGUAACUGACUAAAGUUGUGGCCUGAGGUUAUUUCAAAAUGAACAAAUUCACAUAUAAUGAGUAUGACAACAAAGUGUAUAUAUUUUAUAGAAAUACAUACACACACACACACACACAUACACACACGGCUUUAGAUCAUAGGUACAGUGACUGCUAUAGCCUCAAAUUUUAAUUGAAAAAAAUAUAUGUGUAUGCGUGCGCACAUGCACACACAUACAUUAUUUGAAUUAUUUUGGAUUGAAGUAUAUUUUGGAAGACAAAAAUAUAUGGAAUAGCAAAAUAAUUGAAAAAGCUUCUCUUUUAAGAGUUAUCCAGAGAAUUAAACUGUAUUAGGUUAAAAUGCUCUAUCCAUGACAUGUCUGUAAAUUAGCCUAUGACUUCUCUGUUACCCUCUGCCAAUCAAUACUUCUUACUGCAUUCUGUGGCAGACUGUUAACAUUAGGACUGCUGAAACAAAGUGGCUCUCCUUUGUAAUGUUUGUAAAUUAUACGCAUUUAAAUUACCAAUUUUUCUUUUUUUUUUCCUCAGGUGGAUUGAAGCUGACAGUAAAGUAGAUUUUGUGAGUAAUGGAAAUCCUUUCUCUCUGUUUAAAAUACACUACUGAAAGCCAUCUCUUUAAAACUAAGAAAAAAAUUAAAAAUGCAUGCUGAUAGAUCUGAACUAUCAGACAACUUCUUCUAUUACAAUGAAAAAUCUGUUCCCCUCUCAGCUGCCUUUUGAAGACUCUUUGACAAGUAGAUUUCAAAAACAGAUAUUUAAAAAUCUGCUUGUUUUACCGGUGAAGGAUAUUUGCAUUUUCUUUUCACUUAAAGGAAUUAGUUCAUUCUCCUGGCUCUUUCCUCUUGGGUACUUUCUGUUCUAACACCCAAAAAGCUUGAUCAUCUUUGAUCUGCAGACUAUCUUUUAUUUAGCAAACCUCAACUCCCCAAAAGAGCUAUGCAUCUGAAGGUACUGUUUGCUUAGUUUAAAUGCCUUAGCCUGAGUAACUGUUGUGAUUAUGUGAUUAAAAACACUUAGCCCAUUCACUAAAAAUAAUGAUUAGUUCCAUUUGACUUUCCUAAUAUAUAAGAUAACUCAGAAAGGAGUUGCAAUGAAUUUUAUUUCUAUUUAACAACAUAUACUUAUCAAAGAAUUGGCAACAGGGUUUGUAGAAUUUUUAUUUAAUUUUAGGUAACAGCACACUGAGAAUUCAAACAAAAGAUUAACUUAUAAAAAGCAGUGCACAUCAACUAAGAGUUUUCACUGAGUUUUUAAAAGGCUUUAUUUACAUAAACCAUCAGGGCUGGAUACCUUUUAUUUUUAUUUUAUUUAUUUAUGUAUAUAUGUAUUUACUUAUUGAUUUAUCUUGAAAGUAUGUAUUAAAGCUGAAAUAAAGGAAACAAAGGAAGGGCUUCAAGUGGAAAAAGCAACAGGAGAACCUGGGCAGGGCUGCUUUAGCUCACUAAAAUGUCAGAGAAAAGGGAGUCUUGGAGACAUUCAGGGGGUGAGCUGGGGAUGAGUUGCAUCUAUCCACUGCUCCCCUUGUUGCAAGUCUCAUGGGGACCUUUAAAGUUUU